UGCUUAGCGCGCGCAGUGCGCACCCCGCCCACAAAUGGCUGUCAAGUGCAAAAGUGAAUUGAUAUAUUAUUUUAUUAUAUUUUAGGAAAUUAGUACGAUUUAUGUAUGAGUAUAUCUAUUAGCUAUGAAUUUAGAUAGUGUAUAUAUUUUAUAAUAAGUGAGAAGGUUUUAUAUUGCCGUGUCCGUGUGAAAAUACAGUAAAAAUAGUCAUGUACGGAUGUAUUAGUAGUUGAAUUUUUAUAAUUAAUUCCCAGCUGGUCUUAACCCGUCACUUGAUUUUAAAGUGUAAAUAACGUUGAUAAAAAGCAACACCUUACAAUGGUCCUUUGUGCCAUACACUGAAGUUACUGUGAAUUAGUGAAAUUCUUCUGGCAGCCAGUGACGAGGCGUCCCAAUGCAUUUUUGGAUAGAUAAACGCAGCCAGUGUGCCUACACCGGCCGUCAUCGUGUCCCAUCUUCACUUUCUGCUGGGCGAGCGCGUGGACGCGUGUGCGCGAGCGCGGGCGGGCGCAAGGGCAUGGCGGCGCCCGUGCACCGCUUCGCCGCCGUCGACUGCCCGCCGCGCCGCCCGCACCGCCCGCAUCGACAUGCUGGGCCUCCACCGAUGCCCGCGGUCCACUCCUCGCGGCGGCAGAAUGACGAGCCGAGCUUAUACGUGGAGAUACCAGCGGAGCCCCCGCAGCCGACCAUCGCCAGCCUCGCGGCCGCGCGCUCCGUCACCCCCGACACCUUGCUACGGACCGCAGCCCUAGGGCUCCACCACUCGCCCAUGAUGGCACCCCACUUGAAGUUCGGCAUGCUGGUGUCUUUCGCGCUGGCUACUGUUUUCCUUGCGGGGGCGAAGUACUACUUUGAUCGGCAGGUGGGCGUGAUCCGCGAGCGCGGCGGUGGCGCCGGGGCCGGCGCGGGCGGCGGGUCGGCGGGCGUGGUGUGCGCGGCCGUGGCGUGCGUGUGCGGCGUGGGCUGCGCGCUGUCGCUGUGCCGCGCGCGCCCGCCGCCGCCGCUGCCGCCCGACCGCGUGUCCAGCACCGCGCAGCGCGACAGGCAGGUGAGUGAGUGUACUGCAGGGCCCCGCGGCGUGUGCGGCGUGGGCUGCGCGCUGUCGCUGUGCCGCGCGCGCCCGCCGCCGCCGCUGCCGCCCGACCGCGUGUCCAGCACCGCGCAGCGCGACAGGCAGGUGAGUGAGUGUACUGCAGGGCCCCGCGGCGUGUGCGGCGUGGGCUGCGCGCUGUCGCUGUGCCGCGCGCGCCCGCCGCCGCCGCUGCCGCCCGACCGCGUGUCCAGCACCGCGCAGCGCGACAGGCAGGUGAGUGAGUGUACUGCAGGGCCCCGCGGCGUGUGCGGCGUGGGCUGCGCGCUGUCGCUGUGCCGCGCGCGCCCGCCGCCGCCGCUGCCGCCCGACCGCGUGUCCAGCACCGCGCAGCGCGACAGGCAGCCACCACCUUCAGAACCUUCGGACGACAUAUCACUCGCGACUCUCCUCCAAUCGUCUGAGCGCUCGCAGCCUCUAUCGGAGUCACCGGAGGCGCCGCCCCCGUACAAGAUCGCGGUGCUGAUGCCGGGGCGCGACGCUAGCCCUCCGCCCCCCGCAUACAGCUCGCUCAGCUAGCUAGCGCCGCCCGUGACUCAGGAGUUCAUCAUAUAGACUGCACGUGAGGGUAAGGUUCAACUUUUUAUAACACCGAUAAUCUUACAGGAUUCUACCAAAUAGUAGUUUUGUUUUUGUAUUUGGCAACACUGGUUCAGUUAAAGUAUUGCCAGUUUGUGGUAGCUUUAGUAUUUUUUUGUGAAAAAUAAUUUGUUUAGUCUUAUUUUUACGACAGUUAUAUGAGUGCACUAUUUAGAAAUUCUGUGGCUUCCAUUAAGAUUAAAAGAAGCCAAAUUAGCAAUAUCCGAGAUAUAGAAUAAUUUGCAUUUAAAAUAUUUUUACACGUAAUUUUAAUGUUUAAAGAACCCAAGAUUUAGUAGGUCUAGUCCAAACCUUACCCUUGUAGUCUUAUGUAAACGUUUCUACCCUGACUCACGAUAAAUCACCAUUUGUGAAUAAAAUCACUAAAAUGAUCUUAAUAUCUUCACGAUCACACUUUUCGAAGAUUCCCACCCUUUCUUAUGAUAACAAAGUUUUCCUUCCCUUCCCAAUAUUUAAAAAUAUGGCACUGUUCAAUAGAAGUUUGUACCAUUUUGGUAGAUUUUGAACGAUACAAAAGUAUAGACUAUUUUGUUUUUUGAAACUUGACGAUGAGAUUUUUUUGGUGAUUCAACUGUUUGUAACAAAUGACUAACAGCUAUUAGUCGCUAUAUGGUCUUUUCACCAUAAUUUUUGUACUGUCUGGAAGUACCAGUAUCCAGAAUCCUGAAAUGAAACAGGCUGUACAUCGUCUGCCUAGCCUUUUCCCAAUUAUAUGGGGGUUAGCUUCCAGUCUAAACGGAUACAGAUAAGUACUAAUACCAGUGUGUUAUGUACAGUUGAUGCCCAAAAAUAUAAAGAAAUUAACUGUCUUUAUAAUGUUUAUGUGUUGUACAACUAUGGGGAAUUUUAACAAUAUUAAUUGUGGUAUGUAAGUAAUUUUAGGAAUAUAUUGAUGAUUGUUAUAAACCUGUAUGGUUAUGAGGAGUACAAAGGACAUUCUAUCGCCUUUUUUACCCUGUUGAAUAGUUAUUGGCUAUUUAACGCCAGUAUAAGGCUUAAGGUUAAUUAAGUUAUUAUUGAUGGUACAAUUAAUUUAUUAAAAUUCCCUAUUAAAUAUUAGGGCACUUGAAAAAUCUAUGUCAUAAAAUAUAAUUGAAGUGAGAACUUUAAGCGAAUGUCAAUGUGAACAAUGACUAAGAAAUUACUUGUGUGUUAUAUAAUAUUAUACAUAACGGCCAGCUAUUAUAAAUAAUCGUCGUCAUCAAGGCUUGACAAGAUACUUAACAUUUUCUGUCCGUACUAGACCGAUCUCGAUGUAACUAACAUCAUUAUAUAGAUGUACUUUAGGAGUUAUUACAAUUAUCACGCGAUCGUUCGUAAGUUUUAAAUGUAAAUAACAAUAAAUACGGUGUUCAAUAAUCGGCAAAAUAAUUGAAAUAUUUUUAGAAUCGUCUCGAAACUAGUUUUUUAUCGCAAUUAUAACGAUAGAGAGAUAAUUUAAAACCCCAUUUAUUCUGUACAUGGUUAGUAUAGUAUAUAAUUAUAUUUAUAUAGUUUAGUAUGUCUGUGGUAAGCGAAUAUGUAUUUAUUGUGCUGAUGUCGUCCGAAUUUUGUAUUCAAUUUGCGACCGUUUUGGUAAGACCAGUCUUGAAUCAUUGUCAACUUGUGUAACUCCGACUAAUCAUGGAGACUCAUUGUUUUUGACAAACGGUUACAGUAUACCUACUACAUCAAACAGUCAUUUUAACUACAUAGUUUGAUAUAAGUUCAGAGAACCUGCUUUAUCAGUCCUCUAAACAUGGUUCUUUCUAUGAGAAUAUGGCGCAAAAACAGAGCAAAAAUCCUUUAAUUUAAUAAAUCCAAUUUGAAGCAAACUGGAAAUCUGAUGAUAUCACAGGGUUGCCAGGUGAAGGCAAAUUAAGUACUGCCAAACUAAAAAAAUGCUUGGUAGUUUUUCAAGAUUUCAUGCACUUCAAUUUAAUAAGAACGGUUUCAACACAUAUAACAUUAAUUAGUUCUUUUGAAGAACUGCCUCCAAAAAUAUAAGAAAUAUCUGGCAGUCCACUUUUCGCAUUUGUAUAUUUCAUAAAUAAAUGGCGAAUUGAUAACAAUGUAAGUGAUGUUGUACUUAUUAUAGUAUUAAGUUGUUAUUUUACUAUAUCUUUUUAAUUAUUCAAUUGUUUUAUUUUUAUUUGAGAAUGCCAGAACAAUUGACUGAGAUAUCGACGCACAAAGAAACGUUAUACCGAUUGGAGUUCUGGUUGUCUAGUUACUGUUAAAAAUUUGACUUUUGUAUCAAUACAUCCUGAGAUGUUGUACGUUAUUAAAAUACAGCAGAGUCGUGCCACAUAACCUAUCUAUACUUUACAAAAACUCCUGUAUAAAUGAUAAUUUCAAAAGAAUAUCGGAAUUUCAUAGAAUUUGAAAGUAAUAGAAGUUUCACACAAUUUAAUAUAUUUCGAAAAGAUAUAAUAAGUACAGCACCACAAAAUAAUAUAAUAAUAAGUCUAGUCAUGUUAGCUCUAAUGAAUGUGAUGUUAUUUAGUUGAAUUUUUACUUUGUUGGCGUUUGCAAUACUAUUGUUUUACAAAAAUGAUCCCUUUUAUAGAAAAGGACUGAUCGGUUCGUCUUUUAUAACAGACGCUUCGUUAUUAAAGAUUGUAUAACUGUG